AUGGAUAUUAAUAAAGUACGAUUACAAAAAUUAAAUAAUCUAUUUCUAUUGACAUACUAUAAUCAUCCUAUAAAAAAGAAUAAUCUAUGUAUCUCAAAACAAAACCCCACUUUAAAUGCUUAUGAUGAUGAUUACAUAGAAACAAAAGAAAUAGAUAUUUACAUUGAUAUACCCACUAUAGAUUAUUAUAACGAUGAGAUUACACACAAUAAAAUUAUGAAAUUUAACAAAAAAUUUAAAGUACACACUUUAAAAGACUUAAUUUUUAACAAGUUUGAAAUAGGUGACCAAGAGGCUAACAGUGACAAUAGCUCAAUAGCAAAAAUAUACAAACUUUCUAUUCGGUCUAGUGGUUCAUUGAGGUACGUGGGAACAAUAAAAUAUAUUGUAGAGGAAUGUUACAAUAGAUUACUACAAAAAAUAAAGACAAAGAACGAUUUAAAGCAAAAAAUCGAAUUACAUGUAAGCAUACAAGUCACUCCAACUAGCUUAAGAUGGUUUAGCACAUUUCUUAAGGCAGAGUUACUACAUGGGAGUAAGACUAAUGAUAAAAAUCAAUAUUUGAAUUGUUUUAUUGAUUUUCCAUUGGUUGAAAAUUCUAUUAUGAUGGAUAAGGUAGCAAAACCUACCCCUUUUAAAGACUAUUAUUUAAAAUUGAGCAGUUUAUUUCAGCACCACGAGCAUGAUUCUAAUAUGGACAUGUCUUUAAUCUCUAAAAGAUGGGACAUUUGCGUGAUUGUCAUUACAAAUAGUGCCGGUAUCAAAGCCUUAUUAACUAUGCUAUCUGAUGGACCCUUAGAUAGUUUUUUAACUGAAGAUUCACUGGUUAAUAUCACAGGAAAUAAAAACAAUCAAUCCACCAAGGAUAACUGCUCACGUUACCAUCAAAAAACAAGGGGAAGACUAAUAAAUGAGAGAAAAAGGGAGAUGGAUUCGGUUUCACCCUUAGGACGUAGGGGUUCUUCGGAACAAGAAGAGAAUAAGGAUGAAUAUUAUGAACCGGAGGAGGAAAAGGAACAAGAACAAAACACAACAGGCUCCCAAAGCAGAGUAGUACGGCAAGAUAAGGAGGGAAGAGAGCAAAAUACACUGUUCUCUGAAGAUAUACCAAAAUUAAGGAGAGAUUCGUCAUCUUUAUUGUCUUUUCAAGAUAUUUCGUCAAACAAGGACAAAUCUAUCCGUGUUAUACCCUCUAAUACAUCAAUCAAAUCAUUGAAUUAUGCUAGUAUUCAAGACGGUAUAAGAAGAAGGGGCUAUGAAGGAGGAUCUGUUGGCAGUGUUACUAACAAUCUAAACAAAGAAGAACCGUCUGAUGCUGUUAAUAGUCUAUCGGAUCAAGAUACUUAUGAAGAUGAUUAUGAGGAAGAGGAGGAUAAUGAAGAUGAGGAUAAUGAUCUUGGUAUAAUAUUGCAUAUUCCUACAUAUUCUCAAAGAGUACAGAACAGGGAGCUGCCCACAGGCGUUGCUGACAAAUUGCAAAAAUACUCGUUUUCCAAUAAACCAGAGAUAAAAGUGGAGGAUAAAAUUAAAUCUGAUAUACCAGCCCCUGAACAGAAACAAUCAGCAAAUAAUGACGACAAGUAUUAUUCUGAGGAGAACAUGGAAGAUGCAAUGUGUUCAACUAAAGAAAAUUCCCACCAAAUAACAGGAAGUUAUUAUUCGAAUAUUUAUAGGCAUGAUGGUGAAUUUGAUAGAUACAAUAGAAAUAAUAACAAUAAUAACUAUUAUUACCAUAGAAAUAAUUCAAGUAAUGGGAGUAAUAAUAGUAUGAACAGUUUAUUGUUAAGUACGGCCAUUAGAAAGAUUAAUGCUCGUUCAAGAAGAAACACAUUAUUAAAGAAAAGCGAUAAUAUUGUCGCUACUCCUGUUCCACUCAACGGUAACCCCAAUAAUAACAACGCUGAGCCAGGAAUUAUUGCUAAUUCUAUGGUAAAUAGUCCUAAAUUUAAUUAUAGUAAUAAUAGUGGCGGAACGAAUAGAAAUUCUGCGUUGAAUAAUAUUCAUAAUAAUAGUACUAUGAUUGAUGAUUCCUUGAUUCCCCCAGAAUUUUAUUCUAGAAUUUCAUCGCCUGCUUCAAGCAGAGAUAAUUCAGAUAUAUCUUUAGCUUCUGCUUUAUUUAACAAUAACAAUAAUAAUACAAAUGGUAAUACCGUAAAUAAUGGCAAUAAUAAUAAUAAUAAUAAUAAUAAUAAUAAUAUGAGAUUUGAUUCGUUUUCUGAGUUAGUAGGUGGGUUAGGAACGAAUAAUACCAAUACUAUAAGUAAUUAUGUUCCACCGGAGAUUUUUACAAAGUAUCUAACCACAGGUGAUCCACAGCAUAUUUUAUCUUCUACAGCCAGUAAUACAAAUAAAAAUAUAAACAACAACACAACCGUAUUUAAUGCUAAGUUGAUCAAUAAAUCAUUUGCAGAGUUUAAUAAAGAUUCAAAAAAUGUUUCAACUAGUUUAAAUUUAGAUAAUGGUAUUGAGGAGUCUCAAUUUUUUAGGUUAGGAUUCAAGAAAAGGAAUGAACUGGAUGAUACCACUGCUAGCACUAGUACUAUUGCUGAUGAUAAGGAGGAUCUUAAAAGUGAUUACACCACCAGUAGUACGACAUCUACGUUACACAAACCAAAUUUAACGGGAUUAGAUAUAUAUGGGGGAAGUGAUAAUAACGAUAAUAGCACGUCCAAUGCCAGCGCCAAUGUUACUACUUGGGAUUAUGCCGGUAAUGAAUAUUCGGAAGAUGAAGAUCAUAUUAAAAACGGUAACGGUUUAGACUAUAGUCACAAUGAUAUGAAUUAUUCUGAUAGUACUAUUUAUAAUAACAAAAGCUUAUCUGGUGAAGAUAUAAAGGAUCAGGCUCAAGACAAAGAUAAUAUCGGGGCUUAUAAAAAACCUGCAUUUACUUUGGAUUUAUAUGGAGAUGAUGAUAAAGAUAAUGCAGAUGUAUGGUUCCUUGGGGGUAAUAAAAAAUAA